ACGGUAGACAUGGCGGAGUCUCAAGGAGUAGCUCCCGUGUUUUUCGUUAUCAGCAACAUUCCCGUCGCUUUUCACUCAGCGGACCUCAGGAAUUAUUUCAGCCAGUUUAUAGAGAGCUGCGGCUUCCACUGUUUUCAUUACCGCCAUAGACCAGAAGUGCUCCGGGAGCCCCAGGUGUGUGGGGAUAGCGAGGAGGACGGCGACAAGUCUUCUGGGAGCGACAUGGCAGCUGCUAACAGCACCGACAACAAAAAGGAGACAGCCAAAUCUUGCUGUUGUGUCGUGUCUGUCCACGGAAAAGAAGCUGACAGAUUUGCCAGGAUGUACGGAGGGAACCACUGGAUCGAUUCGAAGGGCAGCUGGUUGUCCAGAAGAUGUGUUGUUAAAAGAGUUAAGGUUUCACAACACAACGACAAUCCGCAGUUCCCUUAUAAGACGAGGUAUGAGCAGAGGCACCGGGUUGCCCAAACUGAGCACUUCACCCUCUCUGACCUCAACAGCUUAUCUGAGCUCAAUCCACCUGCCCUGAUGCAGAAUGGAAACGUAGGGACGCCAGUCAAAGUCUUCCUGCAGCUCAUCCAGUCCUGCCGCCUGCCUCCUCGCCUCAUCCGGAAAUUGGGCCUCACUUUCCCCAAGACUGGCUCCAACCGUCGCUACGGCAACGUGCCUUUCCAGUACCAGGACACUUGCACACUACCGGCUACAGAAGAGACUGUUUUAACAGCUGCUGGGCAUGAGAUAUCUGGCCCUGGCAAAUUUGCAGCUCGAACGUCAGGACCGAUGCAGCAGGCUGAUGACUCUGAGACAACUGAGAGCGAUGAACCACAAGGAGGAGAAGAGGAGGCAGAGGAGGACGUUCAAUCAAAUGCAGAUGAUGAUGAUGACUGCUGUGAGGAGUGGGAGCGCCAUGAGGCGCUGCAUGACGACGUUACGAGCCAAGAGCGGAGCAAAGAGAGGCUGUAUGAGGAAGAAAUAGAGCUGAAGUGGGAAAAGGGCGGCUCAGGCUUGGUUUUCUACACUGAUGCGCAGUACUGGCAGGAAGAAGAAGGCGAUUUUGAUGAGCAAACAGCAGAUGACUGGGAUGUUGACAUGAGUGUCUACUACGAUAAAGACGGUGGUGACAUGGAUGCUCGUGACUAUGUCCGAAUGCGACUUGAGAAAAGGCUAAGAGAAGGUCUUGAACCUGGAGUGGCACACAACCAGACCAUUGGCAGUUUUGAAAGGUUCACAAAGGGCUUCGGUCGUCGUGUGAUGGAGAAGCAGGGCUGGAAGGAUGGUGAAGGCUUGGGGAGCAGUCAAAUUGGGAUUUCUGAAGCCCUGGAAAAUGAAGGCCAGCAUCCACGCUGCAAACGAGGGUUUGGGUAUCAUGGUGAAAAGUUACUCAUACAUACUACAAAAAAACCUAGAAAAACAUUCCAUGUGACUACAAUCUAUGAUCAACCCAAAGACAUGGAUAGAGGCGACAGCUUGCUCAGACGCCAACCAAACACUAGCAUGAAGUACAGAGGCUGGCAGCCAGGUGGCAGCGGUGGACCGCGAAGAUGACAACAUAUUUUUUUUUUCUUUUCAUCAGACUGGACAAACUACCUGGUAGUAAUUCAUUUAUUGCCAAUUUUGAUGUUUUUAAAAGUAUUGUAUGAAACAUUGUUUUGUCUUUUGUUGUUUCCUAAAACAAAUAGUACCUUAAAUUAAGGUAUUUAAACAUUUAGGCCUCUAUUUAUUAAACUUGUAUUAAUCCCACAAGGGGAAACUGUUUACAAGAUGUACUGUAUUGUUUUUAUUACAUGCAACACAGACACACACAAAAUGCUGUAUUCGUUUAAUGUAAUGUAAAUAGUUGAGGUGUACAGGUGCAUCUCAUUUAAUUAGAAUAUUGUGAUAAAGUGAUAUGAUUUCAGACUGUGACUGGUGAUACCUCGCCUCCCGCCCAAAGUCAGCUGGGAUAGGCUCCAGCAUACCCCUGCGACCUUAGUGAGGAUAAGCGGCAUAGAAGAUGGAUGGAUUUCACACUACAUUACUGGUCAAAAGUUUUAGAACAUUCCAGUUUCUUUGGAGGAAAAACCUACAUUUUUAAGUGUUAAGAUGGUCUGUCUCUCUUCCAUUGUUAAUUCCCUUUUUUCUUGCCAUUUUUGGAGCAACAAAUUAUUUUCUCCAGAACAAUCCUGUUCAACUGAUCACUGUUGACAAGGGUAUAGAACCACAGUGUGUUCCGAACACUGUUUUUAUGCAGACAGAGGAGGUAGUAAGUACUCCAGAACUUGGAACACCUGUAGGAAUUAGUUGCACCAACUGCCAAGGCUUGAUCAACCUCCAUUUCUGCAGAACAGCUUUAAAGUGUUGACCCAUUUUGUGGUCCCUGAAACAGGCCUUUUAGUAUAAUUCUGAAAUGCACAUUUUUCAGUUUUGGGCAACCUAUCUUUUUAAACCUCUGGCACUUCACCACUUACAUUUGUACUGUUUCAAGCUAUUCAUUGGACUUGAACAACUUGAAUUUCAAUCAAUAACUGGGGUUUUCUAAAACUUUUGACCGGUAGCGUAUGUGAUCAAUGAAAGGAAAAUUGCACUUUUUUAAAAUUUUGCCCAUCAUCCCCAAUCUUUAUGUGAGGCAUGAACACAUGUCUUUCUCUUUUCUGUAUGUUCUAAAGAUAUAAAAACAGAUAAAAAAAAGAGGCAUCUGAUUACGGCAUGUAAUGGGACAUACCUAUGCCAACUACACAUACUGCUAUUAAAAAACCUCCAACAUGGUUUUAUGGUUUUAUAUACAUUCUGUGACCAUGUAGUAAGAGGUACCUUCAUGAUAACAUGGCAUACUUACGGGAUUUUGCCGAAUUCUGGUCCUUUGAAGCAUUACCUGAACUUCCUUCCUGUAUGCAUUGAUUUCACAUAGCGGCAUAGAAACGAACGCUACCCCUAGCUAACUUU